AUGACUAUCCACCCACAAAAUCACGACCUGCCCACAGGAUCCGCUAUGAAGGCAGCACCAUUCGAAGCCCUAGAUCUUGUUUUUCAUUUUGAGGACCAAGCGCAGCGUCAGUGGUGGAAACAAGCAGGCCCUGUCCUAGGACAGCACCUCCUGCUUGCCAACUACGAUAUCAACAAGCAAUACCAGUACUUAUGCUUCUUUGGGCAUCACAUUAUACCUAUUUUGGGUCCUGGACCAGGCAGCGGCUACGAUUAUCAUCCACUGGAAAUAAGCCAAAAUUUCCAGAGGUCAGGAAGCACCAUACGUCUCGGAUUCCAGCCCAGGGCCUACUCCAGCUGUGUGAGCCCUCAGGACCCCUUCGGCGAGCUAUCGACCGAAGAGGCGAUGGCCAGGCUUGGCCAAGUGACUGGCGUUGAGGUGGACUUACAGCCGUACCACCUGCUUGCAAGUCACCUCAAUUUAACUAAGAAAGAGGAAAAAGAGAUGUUGCAACCUACCUGCUACAAUAGUCUAUCACCUUCUUUCAAGACCCAGGGUUUACUUGCCGUGGAGCUCCCCCGUACUGGCAGCAUAACACUGAAAGGAUAUUGGUUCCUAUCAGCAAAGUCCAUGGUCACCAAAACCCCAAUCUCUGAACUUUCCUUUCAGGCGUUUCGGAAUAUUGAUGAUGGAAAAGACUUGUUGAUACCUGCUUUACGUCCUAUUGAAGAAUACUUUGCAGAAAUUAAGAUGAAACCUGCAAACCCCACUGCACCCCAGACAACCGAAUUUGCCACCGUGGCUUGUGAUCACGUUGAUAUGUCCCGAACUCGAUUCAAGCUCUAUCUUUAUGAGUGCUUGUGGAAAUAUGACCGGCUUGCUGAUAUUUACACGCUGGGGGGCCGACUCAAGAACGCCCCUGGUAUUGCUGAGGGGCUAGAGCUACUGCGUGAGAUAUGGUCUAUUCUUCAGAUUCCCGAAGGGUAUCAUUUUGCGUCCCUUCAAAAUUCCCUCUUGAGGAAAAGCACGAACGCCGAAUCUUGCGGUGAAGCUAGCAAAUCAGCAUCUGAGGAGCGUGAAUUUUUCGAUGACCAAGCGCUGAUUUUCAACUUUGAGAUCCGUCCUGGAGAAAUAUGGCCGCAGCCGAAGGUAUACUUUCCUCUAGCAUACCUGACUGACAGCAAAGCCGCCGAUGCAGUAGUGGCUUUAUUUGAAAAGCUUGGAUGGAAAGAGGAGGCACGCAGAUACAAGGAUAAUUUAAAAACAUACUAG